CAGCCGCCGAUUCGUUGGUCGUCAUCCCAGCACACUGUAGUAUCACUUUGCCAUAUCACACUAGCCUAUCAGAAAGCCCUACAGUGUACCACUCGUUGAUGGAUAUGGCAAAGUGAUACUACAACAGCCGUCGGCCCAACAGGCCCCGCCUCCCUUCCAAGCCGCGCGGGAGGAGCCCGCCCAUUCUUGAUGGCCCCGCCUCCCUCCGUCCAGUCCACUGGGACGUGAGCGCGCCGGCGACUCUAUGGUCCAGGCCCUCCCUCUUCCCCAUCCCAUUCCCUCCGUUGUGGUCCGGGCGUUCGCGCAUGCUCAGUCGCUGCUGCGGCGUUGGCCGGGAGGAAGACGAAGGCUGUGGAUGGAAAGCGAAUGGCGGCGGCGGCUCCUCCUCUCCCUCUGAGCGCCUGAGCCUGCCUCUCUGUAGCCAUGGGGCUGGGCUCCAGCUCCGAGGUUCCUGAUGGGGGCUCCGAGGGAUACCAUGUGCACGGGGUUCAGGAAAACUCCCCUGCUCAGCAUGCUGGACUGGAGCCAUUCUUUGAUUUCAUUCUCACUAUAGGACACACCAGGUUGAAUAAGGAAGGUGACACCCUAAAAGACCUGCUGAAAGCCAACGUUGAGAAGGCUGUAAAGCUGGAAGUCUACAACACCAAAACAAUGAAAGUGCGUGAAGUGGAGGUGACCCCCAGCAACAUGUGGGGAGGGCAGGGACUUCUGGGAGCCAGCGUGAGGUUCUGCAGUUUCCAGGGAGCCAACGAACCUGUGUGGCAUGUGCUGGAUGUGGAACCAGCUUCCCCUGCAGCCUUAGCUGGCCUGCAGCCUCACACUGACUAUAUUGUUGGAUCGGACCAGAUACUGCAGGAGUCAGAAGACUUCUUCUCACUGAUAGAAUCCCACGAAGGGAAGCCCUUGAAGCUGAUGGUCUAUAACACAGAAGUGGAUUCCUGCCGGGAGGUUUUUGUAACCCCUAAUGGAGCCUGGGGUGGCGAAGGAAGUUUAGGGUGUGGCAUUGGAUAUGGCUACUUGCACAGAAUUCCAACACAGCUGGCUGUACCAAAGAAAAAACCAGAGACUGGUACCCCUUCUGUGUCUCCUUCGCCCUUGGGGGACACUCCUCCCGAGCCACCUACCAAUGGCUAUACAGAGACACCUCUGUUGGCACCUACUUCCCAAAGUGAAGAAGCUUCACAUUUAGACUACAGCACAGAUCAAAGUGUGAAUAUGUAUUCGUUAGAAAAUUCUCUUUACCCUCCUCCUCCUGUCCAGAGAGUCAUGGACCCAGGUUUUAUAGAUAUGUCUGGUGCUCCCUUUCCUGAAUUAAUUGACUUAGUGAAAACAGUCAAUGUGCCUUCCUCUGCUUCUUUCAACAUGACAACAGACUCUCAGGCAACAGAUAGCAUACUAACGGACAGUAGAGCUCCUUCAUACUUUGACCAGGCCUCUGUUCUAGUCUCGGAAGAUUCCGUUUCUUAUCCAGAGGGCUCGAGUCCUCGGCCAGAAUCGGAGGAAGAAAUGCCUUCAGUUUCUCCAUUACCAACCCUUCCUAUGGAUAUUUCUGUUGACACAACACCUAAAGCAGAUUUCAGUACUCCAGAAACUGUUCUGCUGCCAGGUGGGACUGAGAACCCCAUUUUGUCCAAAGCAUUUCAACCUAGUGAUGAGGAAAAGGUUCAGGAGCUGGCAGAAGAAACUGUACAGAAUGAACUUUAAAAAUGACACCCCACCUUCCCAGAGCUCUACAGCCUGCUACACGCUUUAAGGACAUCAUAGUUUGAUGGCCAGAGACUUUUAUUCUGUUACAGCACCACAGGAAAUAAUGUAAGUUCCAGCUGCCUUCAUCAUCACAGCCAAGGUUCAGUCAGUUGGCUGAUAGGUUUGAACAUCUGUCUAAAUCCUGCUCAGUGCUGACCAUUUGUUUGACUUGUGAACAAGUUAAAAAACCAAACUCCAACUGUGAGAAAAGCUCAAUCUUUCUAUAUUAAAUUCUCAUGUUCAGCUGCAAAAGUGCAGUUGAUAACAAGGCCAUAAAGUGUGUAGUUUCAGUUGACAGCUUGUUAGCCGCUAUUCUAGGUUGCAGUUUUAAUUACUUCUGAACUUUUCUUCCUGCCACUUAAAGUUUUAUUUCGUAAAUAGUUAGUGAAAUGAUUAUUUUUCAUAUUUUAAAUUUCUGAAGAAUAAUUUUAAAACUUUAUCUUUGAUACCAAGGCAGAAAUCUGCAUUAAAAUAUUUUCAUAAGGACACUAUCCAAUCAGCUCAAAGGUACAGUACCAGUUUGCAAAAGAGCUGCUGCAGGGAAACAAGCCCUCUGGAUGUAGGUCUAUAUAUGGGAUCAUACCCAUAUAUUAACUUGUAGUUUUAGUUUUGAACCCAAAUACUCUCUGCUAUCCCAUUCAGUAGUUUGAUUCAAUAAUCUCACUUACUACAGCUGAUGGAAAGCAGUUUCUGAAGAGCAGUUUAAAGAUGAAACCACUAUAAAUUGGUAGGGUUUUGUAUUUUAUUAUUGGGGUUAGAUGCUGGUGAAAAUGGUCUCCUGGGCCUUUGAAAAUUAACAAAGUACACAUAUUGCAAAAUACAUUAAUAGGAUGUUAAUUUGAUUUCAAAGUAAAUAAAUGCAUGCUGGCUUCAAGUGUGUGUGCCUUGAGCAGAUCAGCCACUGGCACGAAGUGGGACUGUACCUUUAAAGCAAGGCUCUGUUGCUUCCUAUGGGAGUGGGCCCCUUCUACUUGCCCAAGUUCUGGCACUAGUAAUUUAACAGACUGCACUACUCUGUCACCCAACACAGUUUCAAUAUGAAUGAUGGAAACGAUUGUGAUUAUAUUAGCUGUGAUGAAUGGCAUCUUCUGAAAUUGUUUUUAUGAGUCACCUUGAUUCUCUGGUUUCUUAAAUAUUGGAAAUAAACUCUCUUAAUGAG